UUUCUCUUUACGACAAUGUAUCCGUAAAGCUGUUGAAUAAUCAGCUGACCGGAGAGAAACUGCAGAGGGUAAUAAACAAAUUAAACUGAAUUGUUUUUAUCGUUUAGUCUUCAUAGAUAGCAACUACUCACCGCAAUUGUUCAAAACAAAGGAAAUGUUCCAGUAGUGUCUGUAGCUCAAGAGAGAACAUGUCUGGAAACAGCCUGGUGUUACCCAUAGUGCUGUGGGGCCGCACUGCCCCCACACACUGCAUCUCCAGCCUCCUGGUGAUGGAUGACCUGGCCACCAUCAUCACUGGCUGCCAUGAUGGCCAAAUUUGCCUGUGGGACAUGACUGCUGACCUGGAGAUCAGUCCCCGGGGGCUGCUGUUCGGCCACACCUCCUCCAUCACGUGUCUGUCCAAGGCCAGCUCCAGCAGUGACAAGCAGUACAUUGUCAGUGCCUCAGAGAGCGGGGAGAUGUGCCUGUGGGAUGUGAGUGACGGGCGGUGUAUUGAGUUCACUAAGCUGGCCUGCGCUCACACAGGGAUUCAGUUUUACCAGUUCACCAUAGGGACCCAGCGCGAGGGGCGGCUCCUCUGCAACGGCCACUACCCAGAAAUCCUUGUGGUGGACGCCACCAGCCUGGAGGUUCUGUACUCGCUGGUGUCCAAGAUCUCCCCCGACUGGAUUAGCUCCAUGAGCAUUAUUCGGUCUCAUCGCACCCAAGAGGACACCGUAGUGGCAGUGUCAGUCACUGGGAUAUUGAAAGUAUGGAUCAUCACAGCCGACGUCAGUAGAAUGCAGGAUACGGAGCCUGUCUUUGAGGAGGAGUCUAAGCCCAUCUACUGCCAGGGUUGCCAGAGCAUCUCCUUCUGCACCUUCACUCAGCUGUCUCUGCUGGUUGUGUGCUCCAAGUACUGGAGGGUGUUCGACGCGGGCGAUUACUCCCUGCUGUGCUCCGUGCCCAGUGAGAACGACCAGGCCUGGACUGGCGGGGACUUCAUCGCCGCUGACAAAGUCAUCAUCUGGACCGAAGAUGGCUGCAGCUACAUCUACAAGCUCCCCGCCAGCUGCCUCCCGGCCAGCGAGCACUUCAGGAGCGAUGUGGGGAAGACCGCCGAGAGCUCGGUUCCCCCGCUGGUGUACAGCAUCGCCGACCGCGCGGACAAACAGGUAGAGGAGGGCGGUGAGGGUGCGGACACGGUGUGCGUGUGGCCGGAGCGCUACCCUGACCACGAGAACGCUCCAGCACCACAGCUGCUAUUCCGCCACCGGCCUCUAGAGGCACCACUGCUAAUCUGUCCCCCGGUCACCCGGUUCUUCUACGGUCGACGGGAGCCCUUCCACAAGCUUCUGGUGCAGGGCGACUCAGGGGGGCGUCUGUCCCUGUGGAGCAUCCCAGACACCUCACCCUUACAGCCGCUGUCCUCCACCGCAGAGCUCCAGGUGUCCUCCAGCAUCAGCCUCCAGGAGGCCUUCGACAAGCUGCAGCCCCAGCCGGCCGGCAUCAUCGACCAGCUGAGCGUGCUGCCGGGCUCGGAGCUGCCCAUCAAGGUGACGGCCAGCGUCUACAUCCCCUCGCAGGGCCGGCUGGUGUGCGGCCGCGAGGACGGCAGCAUCGUGCUGGUGCCCGCCACCCAGACCGCCAUCGUGCAGCUCCUGCAGGGGGAGCACAUGCUGCGGAGAGGCUGGCCUCCGCACCGCACGCUGAGGGGGCAUCGUAACAAGGUGACCUGCCUGCUGUACCCCCACCAGGUGUCCCCGCGCUACGACCAGCGCUCCCUGGUGUCCGGAGGCGUGGACUUCUCCGUCAUCGUGUGGGACAUCUUCACCGGCGAGAUGAAGCACAUCUUCUGCGUCCACGGCGGGGAGAUCACCCAGCUGCUGGUGCCCCCGGAGAACUGCAGCACGCGGGUGCAGCACUGCGUGUGCUCGGUGGCGAGCGACCACUCGGUGGGGCUGCUGAGUCUGCGGGAGAGGAAGUGCAUCAUGCUGGCCUCGCGCCACCUCUUCCCCAUCCAGGUCAUCAAAUGGCGCCCCUGCGACGACUACCUGGUGGUGGGCUGCUCCGACGGCUCAGUCUAUGUGUGGCAGAUGGACACAGGGGCCCUGGACCGCUGUGUGAUGGGCAUCACGGCGGUGGAGAUCCUGAACGCCUGCGACGAGGCGGUCCCCGCCGCCGUGGACUCGCUCAGCCACCCGGCGGUGAACCUCAAGCAGGCCAUGACCCGCCGCAGCCUGGCCGCGCUCAAGAACAUGGCGCAGCACAAGCUGCAGACGCUGGCCACCAACCUGCUGGCGUCCGACAACGCCGACAAGGGGAACCUGCCCAAAUACUCCCACAAUUCCCUGGUGGUGCAGGCGAUGAAGACCAACCUGACGGACCCGGACAUGCACGUGCUCUUCUUCGACGUAGAGGCGGUGAUCAUCCAGCUGCUGACGGAGGAGGCGCAGAGGCCCAACCCCACGCUGGUGUCCCCCGAAACCCUUCAGAAGUCCCAGGGCAGCGCCGACAAGGGCGGCUCCUUCCUGGCCGGCAAGCUCUUCAAGCAGGUGAAGGAGACCAUCAAGGAGAACAUCAAGGAGCACCUGCUGGACGACGAUGAGGAGGAGGAGGAGGAGCAGCGGAGGCGCGAGGAGAAGUCCAAGUCGCUGAGCCUGCUGGAGUACAACCUGACCAUGGACACGGCCAAGCUCUUCAUGUCCUGCCUGCACGCGUGGGGCCUGAACGCACCGCUGGACGAGGUGUGCCUGACCCGACUGGGCAUGCUCAAACCGCACUGCCCCAUCUCCUUCGGCCUGCUGUCCCGGGGCGGCCACAUGUCCCUCAUGCUGCCCACCUUCAAGGAGUCCAUGUUCCGCUUGAUGGCCGCCGGCGGGCGCAAGAUGUCCGCCUCCGAGAUCGUGGGCAAGGGCACCUACGGAGUGUCGCGCGCCGUCACCACCCAGCACCUGCUGUCUGUCAUCUCCCUGGCCAACACCCUCAUGGGCAUGACCAACGCCACCUUCGUGGGAGAGCACAUGAAGAAGGCCCCCGCCAGGCCUCCGAGACCAGGCACCCCCGAGAUUGCCAAAAAGAUCCCCCCACAGGUUUCCAACCCAGCCAUGCAAGGACAGAUCAAACAAGCUGCUGCUGCUGCUACCACUUCCACUACUGCCACACCUGGCUCUGGGGCCAUUUACUCAGGCCCUGCUUUCCAUACCUGUCCCUCAGUCAACGAAGGUUGGAGCCAGCUGGCGGCCAUGCACUGCGUCAUGCUCCCAGACCUGCUGGGCCUGGACAAGUUCCGCCCGCCCCUGCUGGAGAUGCUGGCCCGGAGGUGGCAGGACCGCUGCCUUGAGGUGAGAGAGGCGGCUCAGGCCCUGCUGCUGGCCGAGCUGCGCAGGAUCGGGCAGUCGGGCAGGAAGGACACCAUCGACCUGUGGGCCCCUUACCUGCCGCAGUACGUGGACAGCGUCAGCUCCCCCGGAGCAUCCGCCGAGGUGGCGCAGCCUGCCCCUCCCCCGCCUGAACCCCAGCCUGUGGAGCCCAAGGCCCCGGAAGAGGAGAUGGACGUCACCGAUGAUGACAUCACUGCGGGAUGUCUGUCCAACCUGCCGCCCAACGCCAAGAAGAUCUCCAACUCCUACGAGGAGCGCCGCAAGCAGGCCACCGCCAUCGUGCUGCUGGGGGUCAUCGGCGCCGAGUUCGGGGCUGAGAUCGAGCCCCCGAAGCUGCCGUCCCGCGCCCGCGCCUCCGCCCAGGCCCCCGACGGCUUCGGGCUCACCACCGGGGGGUCCAACUACUCCCUGGCCAGACACACCUGCAAGGCGCUGACCUUCCUGCUCCUGCAGCCCCCCAGCCCCAAGCUGCCCCCCCACAGCACCAUCCGCCGCACCGCCAUCGACCUGAUUGGGCGGGGCUUCACCGUGUGGGAGCCGUACAUGGACGUGUCGGCCGUGCUGAUGGGCCUGCUGGAGCUGUGCGCCGACGCCGAGAAGCAGCUGUCAAACAUCACAAUGGGGCUGCCCCUCAACCCCGCCGCGGACUCGGCACGCUCUGCCCGGCACGCUCUCUCGCUCAUCGCCACGGCCAGACCACCGGCCUUCAUAACGACCAUCGCCAGGGAGGUGCACAGACACACAGCCCUGCAGGCUAACACACAGUCCCAGCAGAACGUGCACACCACCACGCUGGCCCGAGCCAAGGCCGAGAUCCUGCGCGUCAUCGAGAUCCUCAUCGAGAAGAUGCCCGGCGACGUGGUGGAUCUGCUGGUGGAGGUGAUGGACAUCAUCAUGUACUGCAUGGAGGGAUCUCUGGUGAAGAAGAAAGGCCUGCAGGAAUGCUUCCCCGCCAUCUGCAGGUUCUACAUGGUGAGCUACUGUGACCGCAGUCAUAGGAUUGCUGUGGGGGCGCGCCAGGGAUCGGUUGCUCUCUACGAUGUCCGUACUGGGAAGUGCCAGAACAUCCACGGACACAAGGGUCCGAUAACCGCGGUGUCCUUCGCUCCUGACGGGCGGUACCUGGCCACCUACUCCAACGCAGACAGCCACAUCUCCUUCUGGCAGAUGAACACCUCGCUGCUCGGCAGCAUCGGCAUGCUGAACUCCGCCCCCCAGCUGCGCUGCAUGAAGACCUACCAGGUGCCCCCGGUGCAGCCAGCCUCGCCCGGCUCCCAGAACGCCCUCAAACUGGCCCGCCUCAUCUGGACCUCCAACCGCAACGUCAUCCUCAUGGCCCACGACGGCAAGGAGCACCGCUUCAUGGUCUGAGGGACCCCCCCCCCACUCCGCCGUUACCGCCCAUUCCACUAGCAACCCGAGGCUGUGCAGCGUUUACACUGUUUCUCUGUUUACAUUCUGUUCUCUCCCUUGUACUGGUUUUAAUUUAAGUUUUGCUCUUAUUUAAAGACUUCGUGCUUUCAUGCAAA